AAUCUGACUUUGGUGUAUUGUUGUAACUUGCAUUUUGUUUAUUGGUUGUUUGCUUGGCUUUUUUUUCAGCUCUAUUCUUCCUCCCUUGAUGGCACCAUUAAGCUGUGGGACUUCACAGAUGGGAUUCUCAUUAAAACGUUCACCAUAGGACAUCAGCUGCUCGCGCUGUAUGUGCUGCCUGCUUCCGAGGACUCUGUGUUCGUUAUCAUUCCAAAGUGGGGUGCAAGAGAUAAGUACCAACUGGUCUUAGUUAAGCUGACAAAAGCAGCAGGCCAAGACAUGGUAACCAAGGAAUUGUCUGUGGUUUUGGAUGGUGUGGAUGCGUCGCCAAAGUGUACUGCAUUUGGAAGAGAGGGUGAAUAUGUGGCAUCAGUUAAGGAUGUUACUCUCCAAGUUUACUUCUUUAAACAGAAGCAAUUGAACAGGUUUUCUCUGAGAGCAACAAAAAAAGGUGGAAAUAAUGUCUUUACUUGCGUAGUCUGCCAUCCUCAGGAGGAUUGUAUUGCAACUGGCCAUGCUGAUGGGAAGAUUCGUCUCUGGAGGAAUUUCAACCACAAAAAAGAGUACACAUUCUCUACACUGCACUGGCAUCAUGAUAAAGUCCUGGAUCUAACUUUUUCUAUAGAAGGAACCAGCUUGCUGAGUGGAGGAGUGGAAUCUGUUCUAGUUCAGUGGUACAGUGGAUCAGACUGCAAGAAGUAUUUUCUUCCUCGCUUGGGAUCUUCUAUUGAAUACAUCUCCAUUUCACCUGAUGGCACUUGCUAUUGCACCUCGCAUACAGACAACAGAAUUACAAUAAUAAACAGCAACCUGAGAUUUUCCAAAACCAUUCAAGGGCUAAUUAAAGCCAAGGAUGUCAAGACAGGUCUAGUGGUUGAUCCUAGAACCAAAGCUUUGGUCCUGAAUGGAGAGCCUGGCCACUUGCAGUUUUACUGUCUCCAAAGUGACAAACAACUAUACAGUUUGGAUAUUGUUCAACAAGAACACAUCCAUCAAGCAGGUUUAAACCAAUUUGACUUGGCCAGAGUUGCAUUUAGUCCUCAAGGCAAGUGGUUAGCAACAGUAGAAGAGAGAGAAGAAACGGACCUGGAGUUACAGUUGAAGCUGUGGCUCUUUGAUGAGGAAACACAAAGCUUUAGGCUGAAUACUAGAGUAAGUAUGCCUCAUGAGGAUCGCAUAACAGCGAUGUGCUUCCGUGACAUGGACGAAAUUGAAGAUGACUCUCUGAUGCUGGUAACAACUGGGAGAGAUUGUGUGUUUAAGGUCUGGGUGAUAGUAGAAGACACUGAUCCGGAGGCACAGCAUAGUUUGAGUUGGAGCUGUGACUUCGUUGGCAGCUACCAUGGCUACCAGGCUACCAACUGCUGUUUCUCAGAAGAUGGCUCUUUGCUUGCUGUUAGCUUUGAAGAAACUGUCACUGUAUGGGAUUCGAGUACUUGGGAUCUGAAGUGUACGUUUUGUCACCCACCAGGAAAAAUAAGGACCAUCUGCUUUGGGAGACUAACGUGUUCCAAAUACCUGGUUGGUGCCACUGAUCACGGCUUUCUCUGUUGCUGGAAUCUGCUCAGUUGCGCAUUGGAAUGGAGCGCUCACCUCAAUGUCGUAGUUCUGCAACCUGAUCCCCUUUCAGAAUAUAUUGCUGCUUUCUCCUGUCUCUUUAGAGAGUCCAGCUUGUUUGUAUUUAAGCCAAAUGAGCCGCGGCCAAUCUGUAUCCAGAGAAAAUUUUGUAAAGAAAGGAUCCAAUUUGCUGCCUUUGUUCCAAGAGAUGUACCUGAAGCAGUUGGCUCAGAGAAGUACCUUUGGCUAAGGAGAUCCCAACUAUUUUUUCUUACAGAAAAACAAGAGCUAAUGACAGUUAGCACGAAGCCUCUGGAAGACAGACUUACGCUGUCAAGCAAACAGCUGGCAGUAGAAGAAAGUCUUCCAGUGACCCCAUUUAGCUUGCUGUUGGGAAAGCAUAGACAUCAACAAUCACAGGGGGAUGUAGACCUUGGAAAACCUGUUCGCCAUCACCAUGAGCAAGAUUCCCCUGCUGUCAAAGAGCUCCUGCACACUCCAGCACAUGUUUUGCCAUCUGCUUCCUUCUUGUGUCCCAUAUUUAUUAAUUCAUUGCUUGUCUCCAAAGAGAAUAAGAGUGCGGAAGAAGCUCCUGCUGAAGUAGAAAUGGAAAGUGAAGAAGCAGAGGAUGAUUCAGAUAAGGAAACCACUGUUACUGAAAUGAAACAAGAAGAUACAAUGCCUGUAGAAUCAUUAGGAGAGAGAACACAGAAACUGUCUAAAUCUGAGGAAAAAGAACUACGGAAAAUAAGAAAAACAGACUACAGUUGGGUAUCAGUUUUCUAAAUGUGCUCUUUUUUAAUAGUGUAAGUUGAAAGCUUUGGAUUAAAUGCUCUUCCAGAAAUCUUUAA